GCAGAGAAGCAAAAAGCAAUACAGCAAAAGCAAUCAAGUAGGGCAAUUAAAGAGUCCGCGAAUAUAAAUCGCGAAUCCAUGUCGCACCAUGUCGUCCCACGAACCCAGCGUAUGGUAUCCCCGAAACAGAUGUCGACGGAGCAAUUCGCGGAAGUGCUCACGCAGAAAUUGGAGAUCGUCGCACGAGAGCAGAAGGCCAACGAGAAACUGGAGAAAUAUCUGUAUCAAGACAACGACGCGUCGAACGGUAACGAUGCAUUGGUAGAAACUUGUGGCGCUUCCAAGACUCUUGGCGACGCGCUGAAGGAAAAGUUGUCUAUGGAGGAGGACAGCGAUCAGGCGAUCCUCGACGAGCACGUAUCUCGCGUCUGGUUCACUAGGCUCACAGUGAACUCAUGGAACAGUGAAUUUCUCAACGUUUCGAAACAGACGCACGAGUUUGCGUCGCAGAGCCAACCGUACGUCCAAUCCAAUCAGUCCACUUUGAGGAAACCGAAGCAGGACGAUUUCACCACUGUUGUGUUCAGUUUCUGUGACGAGCAAUUCCCCUACAGGACCAAAAUUCCUGGUCACAACGUCACGUUGAAGCAGUUCAAGGAGUAUCUUCCGAAGAAAGGGAGCUAUCGAUACUUUUUCAAAACGGAAUGCGAGGACUUA